GCCUUUCAGUCUAGUUCAUUUCUCAGAUUACCACUAUGGAGCUCGACGCGUUCAGUCAGUCAGGGAGCUCGACUUCCAUUAAAACUCUCGUUUCGCAGGAGAAAUCGCAGUCAAUAAGCUUGACGAGCAGCAGCAAGACUGGGAGCCAGACUGAGAACAGCCUGACCGCGAACCCCAAGACCGAGAGCAGCCCGGCAAACUCCGAAGACACGACGAAGUCUGAAAUCGAAAAGCAGGCAAGGCUCAAGAGGCGGUCCCAGGAGUUUAUAAAGCAGCAGGAGGCCGAGCUCACCUGGAAGUGUUUCACGGAUGAGGAAUACGCUGACUGGAAAGCUUUCAGAUGCAGCAACUACAAGGUGCCGCUGCGUUCGGUGUUCUCCUACUUGGAGGUCAAACCCUGCCCAGUGAUCGUCGGCAAUGUGCCGCACAAGAAAUCUGUGCCGAAAGUGCUGGCCGAGAUGGUGAAAGGCAAUCACGGUGCCUACACUCGCAUUAGGAUCGGAAAGCACAAGUUCCGAUGCAUCCCCAACCUGCUCAAGUGCUACUCGGUGUGGUUCGCCAACCGUGAUUGGCGGAUGACCCGAUUUCAGUUCAAGGAGCGGCAGGUGCCUGCCAGAGGCUUUGCGGCGCUUUACGAAUGGAUGCGCACCGAGAAGGUGCCACACUUCAAGGUGGCGGUGCCCUUGCUGCAAGCCGCGCGCCACCUGCAGGUCCACCUGCUGGAGAAGGACUGCUGGGAUGUACUUUCCACCGACUCGGCUCGCGAAAAGUUGGCCUUCAUCGUAUACUUGGAUGCCAAACGGAUGCCUGCGCUCCAGGACGUGUGUGAGGUGAUGCUCAGCCGAAUCCGCUACUUCUUCCUGGCACUGGUGGGCAGCCGCGAGUUUUUGGAUCUGGAAGUGGACGCGCUGGAGCUAAUACUGCGGCGGGAUUCCAUCGGUGUUAACUCCGAGAUGGAGGUUUUCUUCGCAGUGCUACGUUGGCUGGGGCACUCGUCUCCCGACGAGCCGACGCGUCUGCCACUCAUGCGUCGCCUGAUGUCCUGCGUCCGCUUCCACCACCUGCCCAUGACCUUCCUGUUCAGUCUGCGUGAGUCCAUCAACCGUCCGGACAAGGAGGAGCUCUUUAGGCCGGAUCCCGUGCUGCUGGCCUUCAAUUCGGACCCGGAGGCGAUGACCAUGCUGGAGCAUGCAAUGUCCUUCAUCGGCGUGCGCUGCCAGUACGAUGACACCGACGAGUUCCUCGCUGUCUGCGCGAACCACCGCAUUGGCGUGGUCUUCCCACGCCACUGGGUAUACCACCCAAAGUGUCCUUACCACUUGCGUAGCCUUGCCUUUCCGUACCAGCACCGCUUCACCGCCUCUGACUUCGGCGACUACGUCGCCAGCAUCCAGACGGAUUGGGUCGGCAAGGGGCCGGCGGACCACGGAAAGUCUCUGGUCCUCGAUCUGGACUUCGACCCACUGCUCCGCAGGCAGUCACAGUGGAAAGCGACCAAGUGACACACGGACAUUCACAUUUCUCUUUUUUACCUCCUGACGAGAUGAUUUUGUAACAUAAUGCGCAGAUUUAUUUAUAUUCCAUUCAACUGGCUUUUGAACAUCAGCCGCGACAAAUGAUCUAUGUUUAAAAGUAUAUUUUCGGUCACCCAUGUAAAUUCAAGUUAGCACGGAACAUUCGCAAUGACUUUGUGGUUAAAAGUUGUCAAAGUUUCACCGACUUAAUAUAUAACUUAA